AUGCGCCCAACUCUAAGGGGCUUUUUCUAUAUUCGUUCGAGGACAACACUACCGUCCCUAUUGAGGACGUCUCAGAGGGUGCCAAUCAGCCACGAGCUUUACAGAACGGAUAAUUGCUUUGUUUGGUCAUUGGAUCAGAAAAAGGUCAUCUACUCGUUUCUGAAUCGAAACACCAACAAUUGGCUAGUCCAAUGGACACUUGACGAAUCCUUUUUCGUCCGAUUUUCCAAUUCUCCGGGUGAACUGAUCAUCACCAAUUCUUGUGCCCCAUAUACGCCAUGUUUUUCGUUCAAGGAUCGCAACAUGGUCUCGUUUUGUCUUUCCCCAUCCGAAACCGCUCAGAAGAUUGCAAUUUACUUUGAGGGCGACAAUGGGUCUCCCUCUAACAUUAGAAUAUUUUCGUUUCCAGGCGGGCUUUCUACACUCCCAAGGGCAACAAAAAGCUUCUACAAAGCGGACAGAGUAGAUUUGCUUUGGAAUCAUACGGGCUCCCACUUGAUUGCGUUUAUUCAUUCGGACGAAGAUAAAAAUGGAAAGUCCUACUAUGGACACGAGUCGAUUGUUUUUAUCUCGGCGGAUGGAUCUCUUGACUGCCAAUUAAGAUUAGAUUCGGAGGGGCCUAUUCAUGCUGUGGAGUGGAGUCCCGUUUCCAAUGAAUUUAUUGUCGUUUAUGGAAGUAAGUCCUGCACGCGCGUUAAUGUAGACAUGCCUGCUCGUGCAAAGAUAUUUGAUUCCAAUUGCCGUCCCGUUUUUGAUUUUGGAUCUUCUCCAAGAAACUUUGUAAAGUUUAACCCCUUUGGAAAUCUGAUCUGCAUGUCUGGCUUUGGAAACCUUUCUGGAUCUGUGGAGAUCUGGGACCGUGUAAAGCUUAAAAAAAUUUCGUGCUUUAAAGCGCCAGGGACCACCACGCUUGAAUGGUCGCCAGACGGUCGCUUUUUGCUGCUUGCAACACUUUCUCCAAGAUUGCGAGUAGACAACGGCAUCAAGAUUUACGACUUCACAGGAGGCCUUGUUUCGCACGUCGAAUUUAGCGAGCUUUUACAGGUUGUAGGCCAUGUGGAGGCGAUUUCCGAAGGGAACUUUUGCCAAUUUUCAAGUAAACUCCAAUGUCUUGAACAAGGUCAUGAACGCAAGCAUCGUUGCAUAUGUGCCGCCCUCGUUGCGCAAAGCUGCAGCCGAGCAACCGAAGCCUUCAGAUUUUCCAGCAUUAGCUCAAAAGCCGGACAAAAUAUCACCCCAGGAAAAGCUGAUUAA